GUGCGAUUUCUCCGCGGUUUGAUUUUAAGGCGAGCAUGUUGGUUAGUUGGAUAUUUUGUUCCAGUUGUUGGAUUUUAUCUUUGCGUAUUGUUGUUUAAUUAAUUAUUGUAUUUGAACUCGACUGCGUUUACUUUUUUGGCGGAAAUGGAGUAUUUUCUCCUCGUUUACCAUAUGACAAUUAAUUGAUAUUUAUAUUUGUGAUUGCUAACGAAAAGUGGAAUAUUUAAGUUAUUGGUGUUAUACAAAAAAUAACUGUGCAGUUGAAGAAAGGGAAGAUUUUAUUGCUGAUGAAUUAUUUAGUAAUAUGGUAUUAAGUAGCGCCUGUUUUGUGUUAUGAAUGUGCCGUACAUUCUUAAAAUAUUUUCUGUAUUCACUGAAUCUUUCGUACGUUGUGUUUCCUGGUAUAACAAGCAGGGUGCAAGUGUACCGAAAUAUUCCGACAGAAGUAUUAUUUUAAUUAAUUGAAUAAAGAUAUCAAAUUAAUUUAUUCACUGGUUUUGAAGAAACGCAGUUGAUUUGUGUUCGAAAUUAUCACCUGCGCGUUUAAAAAUUGUUUCAUUCUUUCUACAAUGUGAACGUCAUGUAUCAUAAACUGGCCAGCACUGCUAUGGUAAUUGAAGUUCGUAUACCAAGAUCAAAUAUUUAUUAAUUUGGUCCUGGUUUCUUCGGGAAGUAUACUGCAUAUAGAAAGAAACUGGAAUAUAUUUUCACAUUGUCAUAUUUCUAAUUGUUGAAUCUGUUGCAUUCGGAUACGCCCGAGGUUCUUGUAAGAGGAUAAAAUUUUAUAAUCAUUUCGACAGCGUUCAUUCAUUGACAGAGUCAGUAAAGCGUGUUCUCCUCUAUCCGGCACCGGAUAUUAUCUCUUACCAAAAGGACUUAAUUGCGAUUUCCUUUGGGAUGGAUGCACUCUCCGACACACAGGAAGUGGUCGUUUACUUUUGGUGGGACCCUUGGCUCUCUACAAUCGUGACACAAACCUCCUCUGUAUGUACACCGCAUGAGUCAGAGCUUCUCUGCCUCCGCAAACAUCUGUCUACCAUUCAUAAUGAAUCGCAUUCUAAACCCUCCCACAUGUCUUUAGCUCACCAUCAUCACGGCAGCCGAGGAUUUUCGGUUGGUAGUGGUUCGCAGAAUUCUCCAUAGGCGGCGCCAGUGUUUUCCCCUCGCUUGGCAUCCUGCCAAAGAUGUCGGGUGGGUUCACGGAAAAAGAUGGCAAGAGGGUGAGGAAGGGUAACUUUUUCUUCCUUAGCCUGCUACUGCAAAUGGAACAGUGGUGUGAGAGGGGAUCAGAAAAUUUUUUAGAAGGAUUUAUUCAAGGACACUGUUGGGUGAACCCCUCACGAAAGUCCCCUUUCUACGGCAACAACAUCCGGUUUAGAGGAAUGUCUCCUCAAUGGGAAAGGAAUGAGAAUUUUUUCUUCUACAUCUCAUCUCUUGGCAAGUUGUGGUUCGGAAUUUGCUGGAAACUCUGCGUUUGGUACACGAGAACAAGGAUGAUGUGGCGAGCGUCGUCAAUGUCUUGUGUAGUAUAUCCGAAGAUUAUGAUUUUAGUGUCAGAACAGAGCUUAUGGUCCAUCUUCCCCACAUAGCUGCAUUUUGCAAAGAAGUGAAACUAUACUACAUAAUUGAUAAAUACCUUGUGCCAAUGUUAAUUUCUUAUUUGGGAGAUGACAGCAAUAUGGUUCGAAAAUCUGCUCAUACUGCCCUACUAUCCUGUAUGGAGCAGGGGCUUUUAGAUAAAGAAAUAGUGGUUGAAAAAGUGUGUCCUUUGGUUUUGCACUUCACAGACAGCAUACACCAGGAAGACUUGAGAACAGAAUCUAUUGUGUUAAUGAGCAAGUUGGUAUCUCAGAUGGGGAAGAAGGAAACAGAAGAGUUAUUCCUCGAGCCACUUUUUAAUUUAAUUCAAGAGCAGUCAAAUUGUAUACGAAAAGCGUGUGCUUCAACAUUUGGCGAUGUCUGCACUGCUGUCGGGAAGGAGACAACGGAGGAAAUUCUUCUGCCUAAAUUUUUCCAACUUUGUAAGGAUAGUGCUUGGUGUGUUCGAAAAGCCUGCACAGAGAAUUUCAUGGCAGUAUCUUGUUGCGUGUCCAAAGAAAUGCGAAAUAAUGAGCUUGCUCCUCUUUACAUGAAUCUUCUGACUGAUACGAGUCGAUGGGUUCGUUUAACAGCAUAUCAAGCUCUUGGGGCUUUUAUUUCUACUUUUGCUGAUCCUGAUAGAACUGGCUUGUAUUAUAGUAAAGAUGGUAUUUUAACUGUAGUAGAUGCUGCAAGUUCAAUAUUGCAAUCUUCAACACAAGAAUCCAGCACAAAUUCAGUCAAUGAAACUUUAAGGAAUGGUCAGAUAAAAGAGUCAAAUAACUUAUGUAGUGAUGAUAGUAGUAUUAGUUUAAACAGGACUAAUUCUUCCAAAUGUUGUGAUAGCAUAGUUCCUGCGUGCAGUAUUGGCACAAAUUCUGCUGCUGUUGUUCCAGAUAUAGCGUGCCAUGUAGGUAACAAUUGCUCUGUGAUAGAAACAGCUGUGACAGAUAGUGACGAAAUGCAAGCUUCAGGUGAUUCUAGUAGUAGCAACUUGCACUGUGAUUCCAAACAAUUGACUGAAAAUGUAUAUUUAGGUGAUAGUUGGACUUCUGAGUCAAGGAACAAUGUGCAGAAUGGUGAAAACAGUCAUGAAGUUAAUAAUACAACAAAGUAUGAUGAUUGCUUGAGUCAAAAAUUAACAGAUGAAGAAGACGAGUUUAAAAAUUUAUGGUCAAAGGCUGUGCUUACCUGUGAUGAAGUUAUAAAUGGUGCUUUCAACCACACUGACAUAAAUGGUGAUGUAAAAUUAAGAAUGGACUUUGAUCAGGAAGUUGUGCAACAUAUGAAGCCAGAUGAAAAAUCUGCCUUGUUGAGUUCAAUUGUUGAUUCAUCUGCAGCACUCUCGGGUUCUGUGAACUGUGAAGCAAUACCCCUGAUUGCAUGUAGCAAUUCCGUUAGAGAAAAUGGUACCCUCAAGAAUUAUGGGGAAUUCUCAACCCAACAUUCCAUUUGUGAUCAUCGUAUGGAUUGCAAUGAUAUUUCUAGUAAUUCAAUUUCAACUGCUCAGGAAUCAAAUAUUAUAUCAAAGGAUGUUACUCUAGAUGCUGAUUCAAAAGAAUCUGUUGAGCUCAAAGUAAAUAAUGAUAAUGAAAGUGCCUUCAAUUAUUUUCAAUAUUGGCGAGAACCUCUUCCAGAAAUUGAUGCUGAGGUUGCAACGAAUUGUUUGAAUGACAACUCUGAGGAACGAGUUACAUGCAGCAGAAAUUCAUUCUUUGACCUCUCUUAUAAUCAACAAAAGAGAGGGAAUUGGUGGUCUUAUCUGGAUGAUAUAGGGGAUUCCCAUUUGGAUUUAUCAUCUGAAAGUUCCCUUGCAAGAGAGAUGCGAAUAACUGAUGAUGAAACUUCUGUGAAUAAAGGCGAGCCUCCGCCUGGUGCAAGACUUUCUCCCACUGAUCAGGACAUAGUGCCACCUGAAUUACUUGUACAAUACCUUUGUAUGACAGAUGGAUCUAAUUCAGCAACAGAUACUGAAAUUGCUCGCCAUUGUGCCUACAGUCUACCAGCAGUUGCUCUUACAUUGGGACGUCAGUAUUGGCCUUGCUUGAAAGAUACCUUUGAUGUCCUCAUGAAUGAACUACCGUCAUUUGUGAUGAUGUGGAAAGUCCGUCGUACUGUUGCCUUCUCUAUGCACCAACUGGCUGUGAUACUUGGUCCAGAAAUAACUUCUCGAGAUCUAAUUCCUGUCUUCUCGCGGCUUAUCUCAGAUUUGGAUGAAGUUCGUAUUGGGAUACUGCAAAAUCUUUGUGAAUUUCUAAAGGUAUUGCGGCCUGAAGAGAGAAAGCAGUUUUUACCGAGCCUACCAAAAUUUCUUGUUUCUGCUAAUGACACUGAAUCCAAUUUUAAAAACUGGAGAUUCCGUCUUAUUUUGGCUGAGCAGCUUGUGUUAAUUUCGGAUUUAUUUGAACCACAAGAAGUUCGAGACCAUUUGGUGCCUCUUGCUUUAACAUUAAUCAAAGACAAAAUAUGCGAAGUGCGCUUGGCUGCUGUUCGUGUUAUGGCAUCUGCUAUGAAGCGACUGAGUGAGCAUCUAACUCCUGUCUAUACCAAAGCAGUCUUGUCGGAACUCACUGAAAAAUUCGUCCAUUCUCCCAAGUGGCUUCACAGGCAGUUAUAUGUUUACAUUUGCCAGCAAAUUAUCCUGGAUAAGGCACUUUCUCCAGAUCAGUUUGCCGAAGAUGCCCUACCUCAGCUGUUAUAUCUUUGUUGGGACAGAGUUCCUAAUGUGAGAAUAGCAAUUGCCAGAUGCCUGGUUGUUGUCAUAUGGCCUUUGGAUGUUUUCUCCAAUCCUAAGAGCCCACAUCGGGAAUUGCUGUUGCAAACGAUUCACACCCUCCAGAGUGAUAUGGAUGCAGAUGUGAGGUUUUAUGCCAAUAUGGUCUCCACUCAUGAAUGUUCCUGUCUCCAGAACGGGGAGUUUAAUAAUGUGAGCCCUUUGUUUGAUAUGCAAUUAGCUCAACAAUCAUAUCUAGUCCUAUUUUGACUGGGAAUGCCAUUAAUCCUUUUCUUUAAAUGGUUAAUCUCGACAAGGAAUUGCCAUAGAACCUGACUGUGAGAGAUGUCAAAAGAUCUGUGCUCAAGAUUUUUCCAAUAGGAAAUAAAUUGGACCUUUUUUUAAAAUAUAUGUAUAAUUCUGAAAUAUUCAGGUAGUGUGUUUUCACAUGACUCUAAAUAAAAGGGCCGCUGAGAACAUGCAUUUUGAGUGAUUUAUGGUGCAAAAUAAAUGAUAAACUUUAAAAAAAAAAAAAAAAAAUAUUUUAAUGUGCUUUGCAUGGAUUUUUUUUAAUAUAACUAAUUUUUAUGUUGAUCUUUUUUACUAGCUUCUUUAAGACAGCAAUAUAUUUAUAUAUUUAUUCUCAGAUUUUAGUUUUAUUUUUAAAAUAAAUGAUUUGUGUUUUUGUAAAAUAUUAAGUGUGCAACAACACAAUCUUUCUGUUUGUUGUAAAAGAAAAAAAGUCAGUGCAAAUGUUUUUUUAAUGAUGCAAAAUUUAAAUUAUUUCCAUGUAUUAUACAUAUCUGAAUGGUCUGAAAUGUGUUUUACGUAUAGCUGUUAUUUCUAUUAAGUUCUUUUUCACUUUCUCAUUGUACUUAAAUCAUUUCUCUAUAUCUAUCUUUUUUUUUUUUUUUUUGCCUUUUAAAUAAAAAAAAAUGUUAUGAUAUCAUGUCUUAGUUUAAUAAUUAUAUAAUAUGUUAUCUGUAAAAAAUAUUUAUUCCUCAGUAGACAGUUAAUGAAUAUAACAUAAAAUUAUCGAUUCCACACAAUUCUUUUUUUUUAGAUUUCUGUAUGCAGGGAUUGAGCAUAAUUUUCUUGUAGUGUAUUGAAGAACUUGUAUCGAAUAUGGUAAAAUAAAUUGAGCUUAGUAAAAUGGGCAAAUUAUUUCAAAUGGAAAUAGUUAACUUGUGUUAUUUGUUUCCAUUAUUUUUCACAUAAGAAGAAUAUAAAUCCUAAUUUUAAAUGGAGUGGGAAAAUAUAUUGUAAUAAAACAGCCCAUUUUAUUUAAAAUUUUAUAGUAGUCGCAACACCUCACUAUUGAAAUAAAAAACGAUCUCAAUUAUCUGUCAGUUAGAGGAAGGUUAUAUCUGAGUACCAAGAACUUCAUUGAUGUCAAAUAAUAAUGAAAAGUGUAUUUCAAUGAAAAUCAAAACUGUAAAAUCCCUUUCAACUUCUUGCUUUUUGUAAGAUGUUAAGAGAGAUUCGACAGAAAAGUAAAUUCCAAAAGUUAUGUUUUUUAUGUGCAUGUAGUGCAAUUUGUUCUAAAUGAAAGAAGGAUGGAUAAGAAAAAAGAUGUAAAAAUAUAUAUUUGUCUUUCUAGAACUAAUUCACAGAUUAAAUAAUUAUUUAAAAAAUCCUUUGGACAAAGUAUUAAAUCCAUAUAUACAUAUGUAAGUAAUCUUUUUCUCUACACAAGUCAUUAUUAUAUUUAAAAUUUUCAGUUAAAUGAUUAACUUUGAUAAGGAUUUAAAUUUAUAAGCUGUAAAUACACAAACAAAUUUAUCAUUUUAACCCAUUAGCUGUCGGAAUCUCCAUUUGAGAAUUUUGAAAUUUUACUUGCACUACUCGGCUCAAAAAUAUAUUUUGUAUGCUGGUCAUUUUAGUUUCAUUCUCCAUAUUUCACUCAAUGUUAUGCGUUGCAGAAAGUGUGUAUUCUAUACUUUUUUAUAACUGGCAAACAAAUUUGAAAUCAUCUGCAAGUUUAAUGGAACAGAAUUGUCAUAUUUGUAGCAUUAUAUUUUAUUUGGUUUUUAUAUUAAAAAGCAAUAGUGUACAUAAAUAUGUAAAUUAGGUUACGAUAACGAUCUUUUUCAAAAAUAUUUAAUAUUUAUAAAGUAUAGUUUCAUUAUAAUUACACUGUUACAUAAAUUUUCAUGCAUGUAUAUAAUUUAUCUGACCAAAAAAUUUUAUAAAAUUGGCAGUUAAUGGGUUAAUGUGAAAUUAGCAUAUUAAGUUUUUACAUCUUAGUUCUGAAUGUAGAUUACUAAAUAUAUUGGGGGAGGGGGAGUAAUCAGUUAAGUAAUAUUUUAUGAUAAUUUGAAAACUUUUUUUUUUGUGCCAAGCAGUUCAGCUACAAUUGAAAAAGUGCAGCAUUUUCUGUUCCAUAAUUAUUGAAUUUGUGAAUUGCUGGAAAUAAAAUAUCUAAUUUGGAAUCAUUGCAGUUUUUGUUUAAAUGCAUGGCAUCUGUUGCACAUAUUCCAUGCUGUCCCAUGCAUUUGUUUCAACAAAUUGUGCAGUGCACUACUUUACAAAAUUGGUAAUAAUGUGAGGAGAUGUAUAAUUAUGAGAUACAAGAUUUCUCAAUAAUUCCAUUUUGGCAUGUUUCAUUUUAUAUAAAUGUUAAAUUAUAUUUCAAAAUUUGAAAUAAUUGUUGUGAUAAAAUAAAUUGUUUUUCCCA